ACGUCACAGCGAGCGCCGCGCGCGGGCGCAGCCGCAGCCGCUCAGAAUUGGCGCUGCGAUCCCGGCGGGGCCAUGGGGGCAGCGGCUGCCGAGGCCAACCGGACACUGUUCGUGGGGAACCUGGACCCCAAGGUCACCGAGGAGCUCAUCUUCGAGCUCUUCCACCAGGCGGGCCCCGUGAUCACCGUGAAGAUCCCCAAGGACCGCGACGGACGCCCCAAGCAGUUUGCUUUCGUCAGCUUCAAGCACGAGGAGUCGGUGCCGUACGGGCUGCGGCUGCUCAACGGGAUCAAGCUGUACGGGCGGCCCAUGCGCAUCCAGUUCCGAUCAGGGAGCAGCCACGCAGCCCAGGAUGUCAAUCCAUCCUGCUUCCCGCUUGGAGUCACYGGCAUCAACCCCCCUGGGAUGCCUCAUCCAGCAUCCAACUGCAGCAGAUACGAGAGGGUUCCUGAUGGCAUGGCYGGACCAGGGUUCCCACUGAGCCUGCAGAGACAAGCAGUGAUGAACAGCGCAGCUCGGCAGCAGCCCCCGUUCGGUGGCAAAUUCGAUCCCGGCUUUGCCCCUCCGGGCUAUCCCCCCGCGUUCCACACCCCGCCGGGCUCCCCGGGCCCGCGGCGCCCCGAGGGUCCCUCCCUGCGCAAGGCCCGGCUGGGGAGCCACCCCUACCCCCCCGAGAGCCGCCACUUCGGCCGCGAGCGCUUCGGGGAGCGCGGCCCCGACUACRGCCGCGGCAAACGCGACGAGUACGGCUUCGACGAGAGGAGCCACGACRGCGAGCACCACUACCGGGGCGGGCGUGACGAGCUCUACGACGACAGGCACCGCGACAGCUGGGGCUACGACUACCGCAGGGAGGGCUACCGAGAGCCCARGUGGCACUCGGCGCGCCAUUGAUGGACUCCAGGGCAAAACAAAUGUCAUGUUUCUCACCAGUGCAUGUAUAAAACCCCAGUUUAAAACCCCCCCAAACCCCAGCUGAAGUCACCUUUUAGUGUUUGUAAAAAAUAUUAGCAGUGCAGUUUGCCAAACUCUGGUGUCAGUAUUAAAUGUGUUAACUCACAGCUCAGGGCUUUUCAUGGGGUAAAAAAGCUGUAGUGAAGUUUUGGAGARGCCACUGC